UCCUUGCAGUUCCGUUCCACACACUUCCCAUCCCACUCCUCUGAUCCCGUGCCGCCACUUACCCGUGCCCCUCCCUCUCCGCCGCCGACCCCGACCCCGCAAUCCUGCGCCCAUGGCGCCCCACCUCCACCUCCUCCCUACACCAGCCCUCACCAUCACGACCGCCGCCGCCCCAUGCUGCGGCGGUGGCGGCGCCAGAUCGGCGGCCCUGCGGUCCCGAGCUCCCUCGUUCUCAUGCUCGCCAAGGAGGGGGCGGGGGUGGGGGAGGACGAGGACAAGGCUUAGCGUUGCGGCGGCGGUGGAAGGGAGGGAUGAUCACGCGUCGGGCGGGCCCGCGGGGCCGAUGAGGCUCAACGAGUACAUGGUCGCGGUGGACCGGCCCCUUGGCAUCCGUUUCGCGCUCGGUGCCGACGGCCGAGUCUUCGUCCACUCGCUCAGGAAAGGGGGGAACGCGGAGAAGUCGAAGAUCAUCAUGGUCGGCGACACGCUCAAGAAGGCGGGGUCUGCCCAUGGCGGCGGAAGGCUCGGCACCAUCAAAGACCUAGGUGACACGGAGAUUGCGCUGAGUGACAAGUCAGGACCAUGCAGCCUUGUCCUUGAGAGACCAUUUGCUCCUUUUCCGAUCCAUCAGUUACAUCAAAAUGAAGAUUUCCACAUCCUAUUUAACAGAGGGCGGGUUCCUAUUGCUUCCUGGAAUAGUGCUCUAUUGUCCACAAAACUGAAUGAGUCUUCUGUGGGGAAUGGGAAAUCUGGUUUUGCUAUAUUUUCCCCAAGGCUGCUAAGUUCUCAAGGAUGGGCACUUUUGUCUAGUGAGAAAGGUGGACUAAAUCAGAGCAGUACGAACCUUGUGAAUCGCAUAAGUGAGAUAGUCGGUUUAUAUUCUGAUGAGGAUGAUGUAGACGCUGAAUGGGCGCAUGGCAGCUUUCCUUUGGAGGAAUACAUUAAAGCACUAGACCGUGCUAAAGGGGAACUGUACUACAAUCAUUCACUUGGUAUGCAAUACAGCAAGAUUACUGAACAAAUAUUUGUUGGGUCAUGCAUACAAACAGAGAGAGAUGUGAAGAUGUUAUCAGAAACUGUGGGUAUCACUGCUGUUCUGAAUUUCCAAAGUGAAAGUGAGCGCAUUAAUUGGGGAAUCAAUUCUGAGGCGAUCAACAAUUCUUGUCGCGAGAAUAACAUUUUGAUGGUUAAUUAUCCUAUACGAGAGGUUGAUUCCAUGGACCUUAGGAAGAAGCUUCCUUUCUGUGUUGGUCUUCUAUUGCGCCUGAUAAGGAAGAACUACCGUAUAUAUGUGACAUGUACCACUGGAUAUGAUAGAUCACCUGCAUGUGUGAUUUCAUAUUUACACUGGGUUCAAGAUACACCUCUACAUAUUGCUCACAAGUUCAUCACUGGUUUGCACUCUUGUAGACCUGACAGAGCUGCAAUUGUUUGGGCAACUUGGGAUCUUAUUGCGUUAGUUGAAAAUGGAAAGCACGAUGGCAGUCCCACACAUUCAGUAUGUUUUGUUUGGAAUAGUGGUCGGGAGGGAGAGGAUGUCGAAUUGGUUGGAGAUUUUACAAGUAACUGGAAAGACAAAACAAAGUGCAUCCACAAGGGUGGGUCAAGAUACGAGGCUGAAGUUCGACUUCGACAUGGAAAAUACUAUUACAAGUUCAUAGUUGGGGGGCAGUGGAGGCACUCGACUUCAUUGCCGACAGAAACAGAUGAACAUGGGAACGUCAACAAUGUGAUCAGAGUAGGUGGCAUUGCUAGGAUUCGCCCUGCUCCUAGCCAACUACAUAUAAGGGACCCAACUGUUGUCAAGGUAAUAGAAAGGGCGCUAACCGAGGACGAGAGGUUUUCAUUGGCUUUUGCAGCGCGCCUCAUGGCAUUUGCAAUCUGCCCAAUCAGAUUGUCCCCCAAGCAGUAGACAUGUCAUCCCUUCCCAGUUGAACCAGACAAAUGGUCAUCGAGGAUCAGCAAUUUCGUAGUUACAGAAAACUCAUGUAACAACAAAGGGACCUUACUGUAUGUGCCCGUUCACACAUAAAUGAGGCGUCCAUAAGUGGUUCAGCAAUCAUCACAAUGUACAACUUCUGUAAUUCUACAACUGUACCUGAAAUAAACAUCGUUUUAGACAGGCUCUCAAA